CCCUGAACUCCAUGGACAGCAUGCUGAGGACAAUGGUGCUCAGCUUUCCGGCCUCUCGAGUCAGCGAGGAGCUGCAGGGCAUCUUGGAGCUGCUGCUGGACUUCACCAGAUGCGAGAGAGAGGCUGUGAGGGAGAGGGCCAUGGCAAGGAUCGAUGUGCUGGCCCGUGUGCUGUCUGACUAUUCCACUCUGCAGGCCAAUGCCAAUGCCAGAAGAGGCACUGCUGGACCUGUCUGCUCUGGGGAGAUCCAGCUCCCGCUCCUAGGAAAGCUGCUGGGGCGUCUCAUCCUUUUCCGGUUCUCCGAGGAACAGACAAGCUGUGCAGCUUUCCAUGCUCUUUUUGCCCUGGCUGAGUUCAUCUUCGAAUCCAGGCUAAAGGACAGAGCAGACCAAGUCCACUGGGAAGCCGUGACCACCUCCGCGCUGUGUUCUCUGAGCGCCAGGGACUGUGCCAAGGCCUCCAGGGAAGCCCUUCUUGCUGCCGCAGAGCUGCUGAAGUGGAAGACGCUCAAGCACCUGCUGCAGAGAGAGCGGCUGUGGGAGCUUGGAGCGUGCUUGCUGCAGAAGAGCAGGAGCAGGGCUGAAGACUUCAUCCACCAGAGCCUGCCCUACCUGCAGGACCCUCAGGCCAACGUGCGCCUGGCGGCCGUCAGGUUCAUCGGACUCAUCACACGGCGCCUGAGGGAGCAGACCACGGAGAGUCAGGCUGACAUCCUGAGUGCACUUCAGCCCUUGGAGAAUGACUGGGACAUCUCUGUCAGCUCCCUGGCAGCUCGGACAACCUCCAUUCUGAGGAGUCCUUGCGUGCAGCAAAGACCAAGAGGCCUCCUGCGAGCACUGCGCUGCUGCUGGCCGUGAGCCCGGCAGAGGUGCAGCUUGCCUUGGCUAAAGGAC